AUGAUCGCGUCGAAAGUAUAUCGAAAUUUUGAUCUGCUGGAGACUUAUCCUGCUUUGGAUAAUGAGGAAAAUGGACUUGACAGCACGCGAAUCCGUUCGACUGCGAGCAUUUUGAUGACCUCUUCAAAAGAUCAAGCGACAUCGUCUACAAAGCCUAAGCGUAAGCAUUUCCAUGAGAAUGGGAAGGAACUUUCGAAUUGGUUGCCCAUGGAUUCCCUGGCCUCAGUGGCGACGAGAAGGAGAGCCCAAAACAAAAGUGGCUUAUCCAUCGAUAGAAUUACAAGAUACGAGAUAUUGGUUGGACAGAAUUCUCUGAAAAAAAUCGAGAUGGAACAAGUUACGAAUACCUCAACACGAUUCUACAGCGUCCCGGCACCCCAAUGGUCAGGAGUCUUGUCUUAG